AUGAACACACCUUGCGCUGGAGGAGAAACAUCAAAGCCUUGCUACAAUGGCUGUUUUCGUUCUCCCUUUUUUGUCUCUGACUCUAAUAAGUCUCAAAAUUCCAGCGUCAGUGUUGUGUUUGGAUCAAGCCAUGACUUGGAAGAAGCCACGUCUUAUACUCUUCAUCCAUAUACACAAUUCACAAACCAUGAGGCCAUCCCUUCUUUGCAAGAAUCAUAUGCUAACUUCACCAAAGCAUACCCUCCAUUUGGGAACACUUCUGAAGUUGAUCGAAUUCGUGCCCAAGAAUACCCUCACUUGAAUCUCUCCAACAUUUGCUUUGAUUACACCGGACAUGGCCUUUUCUCCUAUGUUCAGCAGCAGAGGUUCUGUCCCUCAACUUCAGUUGCUUCUUCAUCUUCUUGUCCUCCUCCAUCUGCCUUGGAACCACCCUUCUUCGAUAUCUCCCACAAGCCAGUGAAUUUGCAUUCUCAGAUACUCCAUGGUGGACAGGAAUCAGAGAUUGAAUCCAGAAUCAGAGAGAGGAUCAUGGCAUUUAUGAAUAUCUCUGAAGCUGAUUACACCCUGGUUUUCAUUGCCAAUGAGGUAUCUGCUUUCAAACUUGUGGCUGAAUCUUUCCAAUUUCAGUCCAAUGGAGAGCUCCUCACAGUGUAUGAUCACAGGAGCGAGGCACUGGAUGCGAUGAUGGAGGCCUGCAAAGCGCAAGGGGCACAUAUCUUGUCAGCGGAGUUCUGCUGGCCAAGGCUAGGAAUAAAGUACAAGAAAUUGAAGAAGAUGAUAAUGAGCAAAAGAGAUAAGAGAAAGAGAGGCCUAUUUGUUUUUCCACUUCACUCAAGAGUUACCGGAGCACCAUAUUCAUAUGUAUGGAUGUCUUUGGCACAAGAAAAUGGAUGGCAUGUCUUGGUUGAUGCAUGUGCAUUUGCACCUAAGGAGAUGGACACCUUGGGUCUAACCAUGUUCAAACCUGAUUUUCUGAUCUGUUCAUUUCACAAAGUUUAUGGUGAAAAUCCAUCAGGUUUUGGGUGCUUAUUUGUCAAGAAAUCCAGUGUUUCUGCUAUAAAAGAUUCAGCCAACAAUCCUACAAGCCUAGGAAUUAUAAGCCUCCUUCCGGCAUUUCGACAAACACAAGAUCUACAAGAAGAGUUGCAAAGUGAAACUUCUCCACCACAUGAGAUUGAAGUAGUUUCAGUGUCAGAAAUUGUGGAGUUACAAACAUCCCUAGAGUCAACUCCAUCUAGAAGAGGAUUAAGUUCAGUGAAUGAGAUAGAAUGCAAAGGAUUGGAACAUGCAGAUUCAGUGGGGCUAAUCCAAAUUAGUUGCAGGGCUAAGUAUCUCAUCAAUUGGCUUGUUAAUGCAAUGAUGAGUCUCCAACAUCCACAUCAUCCUCAAACUGGGAUUUCCCUAAUUAGAAUCUAUGGACCAAAUAUAAAUGCACAUCGUGGACCAGCAGUGGCAUUCAACGUGUUUGAUUGGAAAGGAGAAAAGGUUGAUCCUUUAAUUGUGCAGAAGCUAGCAGACAGGAACAACAUCUCUCUGAGCAGUGCAGUUUUGCAGAAAAUAAGGUUCUUUGACAAGAAUGAGGAAGAGAGAGAGAUGGGUAUAGAGAGCAGAGUGUGUGAGGUGAAAGGGUUGGGGGGGCAAUGUGGUAAUUAUAUCAAGACAGAGAGAGAAAGAAAUGAGUGUGGGAUAAGUGUGGUGACGGCUGCACUUGGUUUCUUAACGAACUUUGAGGAUGUAUAUAGGCUUUGGGCAUUUCUUUCAAGAUUCUUGGAUGCAGAUUUUGUGGAGAAAGAAAGAUGGAGAUACAUGGCUCUUAAUCAGACUACUAUUGAUAUAUGAAUUCGUUUGUUGCCUAAAUUACCCUUUGUCAGCAUUUUUUCAUUGCCUCAUACUGCUAAUAAUAAUAGUUCCAAUCUUCAAUUGCA